UCUCCAUAAAGGAAAGGCUUAAAGCAACUCCACUCCACUUCUCUCUUCUGCAGAAAGCUUUCUUCUUUUCUUCAAUUCCUCCAUUAGAAUUCUGCAACUUCUUCAACCUUCCAUCACACUUAACAAGCAUGUCUUUAAUCCCUCUACUUCUCCUUCUUCUUCCCAUUCUUUGCCUCACUUUCUCUCUCCUCCCCACUUCAUCUUCCUCCGCGGUCGACACUUUGGUCUUCGGCGGCUGCUCCCAGCUUAAAUAUGCCCAGGGCUCCCCCUACGAGAACAGCGUCAACUCGAUGCUUACCUCCUUAGUCAACUCAGCCACCUUCACAACCUACAACAACUUCACAAUCCCUUCCUCCACCUCACAAGAUGCCCUCUACGGCCUCUUCCAAUGCCGCGGCGACCUCAACAACGCCGACUGCGGCCGCUGUGUCGCCAACGCCGUCAGCCAACUGGGCAACAUGUGUGCCAACUCGUGCGGCGGCGCGUUGCAGCUGGAUGGCUGUUUCGUAAAGUACGAUAAUACGACGUUUUUAGGGGUGGAGGACAAGACCGUACUGGUGAACAAAUGUGGGCCGUCGAUUGCGUAUGACUCUGACGCGUUGACUCGGCGUGAUGCGUUGUUGGGUUUUUUGGCGGCGAGUGAUGGGAGUUACAAGCCGUACAGAGUUGCCGGGUCGGGGGAUGUGGCCGGUGUGGCGCAGUGCGUAGGAGAUUUGAGUGCGAGCCAGUGUCAGGAUUGUUUGUCAGACGCAAUCGGACGGCUGAAAACUGACUGUGGGGCCUCCAAAUGGGGUAACAUGUACUUGGCCAAAUGCUACGCGCUAUACUCCAAAGGUGGAGAUCAGUCGAACGGCGGUGACGAUAACAACCACGACAACAACGAUGACGAAAGUGAGAAGACACUCGCAAUAUUAAUUGGAGCCUUUGCUGGGGUUGCCCUUCUCAUUGUCCUUCUUUUUUUCUUGAUAGAAGUAUGCGACGGAGAAAAAGAUUGUGCAGAUGGAAAAUGAUACAAUUUGUAGAUACACAAAGGAAAACUCUCACAACUCUCUUGGUAAAUCAAAUUGUUUUUUACUUUCGGUGGUCCAUUUUCCACUUUCUCUUUUGUUUCUUUUCUCCUUCAUAAGUUUUUUUUUUUUUAAUGCCUUCCAAGUACGUAAUUGGAUACUCAAAACAAAUAAGUAAAACAAAAGUUGCAAUAAGGUGAUGAAAAAAGACAAGUAGGUUUCACAUCUCUUAACCCAGGUUAAGUGGGCUUGUCUCUAGUUACUUGUACUAUUACUACUAAUAAUAAGCAGUGAAAUUAAUCACUUUUCUUGGAAGUGC